AUGGGAAGUUGUUAAUCUAAAAAAUUCCCCAAAACACCUACUUCUAUAAAAACUAAGGAUCAAAGAAGUAUCCCUUAGCAUCAGGCUAAAUCUAAUGAAGAAAUUCAUGAGCAAGAUUAGAGUGAGAGCAGUUUGUCUAUACAACAUAAGCAACCUACUGGUAUAUUUAUUCAAAUUACUAGUUUAAUUUUAGAAAGUGAUUUAUUACAGAUUUUAGAAGCUUCUUACACUGGUAAUUUAAAAAAAUUCUUAGAACUAGUUGAAAUUCAUAAGGUUCAAGACAUUUCUGAUAUUGUAGGAUUCAGACAGCACAUAAAAGUCGGAAAUGAAAGAUAUGAAAAGAAGUAUAUUAAUACAUCCAUCUGGAAUCCAUUAUUACUCGCUAUUGCUGGUUAAUAACAUCAAAUUGUGAAAGCUAUUUUUGAAAGAAUUGACUCAUUCCACCAAACUAACUGCCUGUCUAAACCUAUCACUAUAGAAAAACAGAAAUAUAUUGAAUAUGAUCAUUAAAAAAGAAUCAGAAGAGAAUCUUUCGCUCUAAAACUUUCAAUUAAAAAUAUGGAUAGAGAGACAUUUAAGUUUCUAUGGAAUGAAAAUAGGUUACUCUGGAACUUGGGCCAUUUUUUCUAAUGUUUAAAUAAGAUAAUUACCUACGGAUGGGAAUAAGGCCUCAAAAUAUUGAUGGCUUCAACAACAACAAAGAUUAUUUUUAUGUCCAUUAAUGAAGUAGCUGAUUUUGUCGAUACAAUUGAUCUUCUCAGAUAAGAAAUCACAAUAUCAGAAAGAUCAAACCCAAAAUUAGGUAAAAAGUUCCUUGAUUACCUAAAAACAAGACCUUACUUCAUUUACUCAAUCUUCUUUGAAAUAGCUUCAUUUACUCAUAAACCAAAUAAAGAGCUCUUAGAAUAAUGUCUAUCAAAUCUAGUCUAGGAUGAUAUUCAAUUUUUACACAAAUAACUAGAUGAAAUUUUUACUUAGGUUGAUGAUACUUAAGUAUUAGACUAGUUUAAAAGUAAACUUCUGAAUCGUUUUGAAAAUAAUGACCAGUUAAUCUUAAAUUAUUUGAAAAAACUAGAAAGAGAGUUUGAAAAGCCAGAGGUGAAUGAUACUGAAGUGAAUCUUAAGGUGCUUGAGGAACUUGAUCUUUAUGCAUUUAAAACUAUCACGGUUUAAAAAGAGCCAACUAAUGCAUUACUAUAAGCACUAAAGAAAGGUUUUUUGAAAAUGGUUUAUUAUUGUUUUGGAAAAGAAACAGGAUUUAUUAAUCUGAGAUCAAUUAUAAGAUUAAAUAACAAAUUUGAAGUUCAAAAUGACAUUGCAGUUCUUUAGGUAGAUUUCUUCAACAGUCAUAUUGAUAAUGAAGAGCUUUUUGAAAUGAUCUAUUACAAUCUCGUAGACAUACUUCAGCUUUCAAACUUUUUAGAAAUACUUGAUGACGUAGCAAUAAGAGGGAAUAUUAAAGUAAUUGAGUUUAUUCUAAGGGACAAAAAAUUUUAGAGUCUUUUUAUCAGUUCUCUUGAGUUAUAGAAGUAUCUUUUUAUCAAUGAAGCUAAAUAAAUACUUGGAAAGUAGAGUUUUGAAAAGGUAUUGACAAUUUUGAAAAAUUUUCCUUAUAAAGAUUACUUUAAAGAUGUAAGUUCUGGUAAUAAUGGAAAAGCCUACACCUAAAAAACUUUAGCUCAUUUGGAUAAACUUGAUCAAAGAAAAAAUGAUCUCAGAUAGAAAAGAUAAAAGCUAAUGAUUACAAGAGGUAGUGGUCUCAUUGAAUUUCAUUCAUUAUAGCCAGAUUCUGCUAUGAAACAAAGAAAAUCAUAGAUUUUUCAAUAAUAAGACUUGUAAUAGCAUCUUACUUCUAUUUAAGAAAGAUAGGAAUCAGAAAUGACUGACAGAUUAAAGUCAAUGCUUGAUAAGGAUUCCAAUGUUAACUUGAAGAAAAUAAGCGAUAUUAUGUUAGAGGAAUAAAAACAGCCUUAAAAAAGUUAAUUUUUUGAUUAAAAUAGAGAUAGUGGAACAAAAUUACUACUAACUCCUAAUCAUAAAGAUUCUAAUGGAAAUAUUCACACAAAUUCUAGAUAGAUAACAGAAAAUCAAGAUGAAAAUGUUAGACUCAGUUAAAUGAAACAAAAAGAAGAUGCAAAAAUUCUCCUUCCACCUAGAGAAGCAAGGAAAAAACUAAAAGAAGAGGAAUAAGUUUCAUAGAUAAAUGAUAGAUCUAAAAUAGCAAAUAAUGAAAGUCCUAACAGAGAAUCUUAGUUUAAACUGCCUUAUAUUGAUUAAAAGAAUAGCAAAAUGAAUAAUAAUAUGAUAUCGGGAAGAUUAUCUUCCGAAAGUAACUUUGAGUUAAAGCUUGAUCCUCAAGAAUAGAAAUUAAACUUGAUGUAAAAUUUUUAAAGGGAACAAUAAAAUGAUAAACCAAAAAAAAUGUCAUAAAUUGAUCUAACUAUAUAAUAAAAAAAUUAGGAAAAGAGAUAAAAAAGUAUUGACAGGAAAUCUAAGGUAAAAGAAAUGCAAAAAGAUCAAGAUUUUAUAGGAUAAGAAGAUGAUGAUGAUAUUGACUAAGACAUUGCAUCUGCUGAUGCAAGCUAUGAUGAUAAGUAGUUAAGUUAAAGAAUUCCGAAUGUUAUUUAAAAGAAAGUUGGAGAUUUUAGAGAAACAUCAAAUGACAUAAUAUCAGCAUAAGUAAAUGCCAAGAAUUAUGAAAAACUCCCUGGAUUAAUUAUAUAGUCAAUUAGAAACAAUAAUAUUUAAGAGUUAAAAUUCUAUCUCUCUAAAUAUCAAAUAAAAAAUGUAACAUGGAUGAAGCACAUUGAGGAAGAAGGAAAUCUUAGAGUAAUGGGUAAAGAUUUUGAAAUUCUAAGCAAUACAUCUAAGAAUAGCAAAAACAUGAAAGACAAAGUAGAUCCACCAAUGUAUGAUAUUUCAAUGUGGAAUCCUAUCCUGUUUGCCAUUUAUUACUAAAGAACUGAAAUGGUAAAAUUAUUGCUUGAGAGCUAUGCAGCUAAUUUUACAAUAGCUAUUAGAUUGCCACCAGUAAAUGAGUUUACUGAAUACAUAAUUCCUGGAUAGAAGCCACUGGUUGAGCAAUGGGCCAAUAGGAGGAUGAAUUUCUAGAAUGAAAGUGAUACUUCUUACUAAAGUCCACAAAAGCCUCAGUAUGUGAUACCUUUUAAUCCAUCUGAUGCCCGAGUUGAAUGUUUUGGAAUAGAACUAGCAAUUAGAAAUAAGGACAUAUCAACUCUGAUCUAUUUAUGGGAUCAAUAAGCAGGAUUAUGGGAAGAAAGGCAUUUUGCUUUUGUGCUAGACAAAGUUCUCUAAGAACACUGGGAUCUUGGUAUAGGAAGAAUAUUUAGAGCGAAUACUUCACAUUUGAUAUUUAAGGCCCUGAAUCCAGAAGAUAAGGAUAACUUCUUAUUCUCUAAAAUAAUUGACAAGAUUACUGAUACUGAAUACUGGGAAAGAGAGUAAAUGCUGGAGUAUGGUGCUAAACCAACUUAAAUUACUGAAUAGCAAGUUAAAAUAGUUGUUGAGGAAUUAAAAAAUUAACCGUACGGCAACUAUGCAGUUUUAAAAUAUCCAAAUCUUUUUGAGAAGUAUAACUUGCUUGAGGAUACUCUUUAAAAGGUGAGGCAUGACGAUAUCUAUGAUUACGUAAUUGCUCGCAAGGAAAAUAUUAGACAUCUGAAUGACUAUAUUACUCAGUACUCAACCUCAAAGAAUAAAUCUCAAAAAAUACUUCAACAUCUUUUGAGUUUAUAGAAACAAGCAUAAUAGAUUGAAGGAGCUCAGAGGAAAACUCCACAAGAUCCUAGAUAGAUAAUACAGCUAAUUAAGUUAGGGGAUCUCAAUAAACUAAAAGAAUUCUUUGCUAUUCCAGAGAAUCAAAUAUUCCUUGAUACAUUGAACUAGCUCUAAGGUCACAUGGAUAAUGACUAUCAGAAAAUGUAUCAAUCAAAUGUGAAAUACAUACCAAGUGAUGAGACUAUUUAAUUAUUGCUAGCAGAUAACUCAACUUAUGAAUGGAAUCCUUUGAUAUUCUCUAUUUUCUAUUAAAGAAAGGAGAUGGUUUAAUUUUUCUGUGAAAAUAAAAGAGUAUAUGCAAGAAACUGCCUGACUACUCCCUUUAUCAUCGAAGUAGAUGAGGAUGCUGAAGAACUAGAUGAGGAAAAGUUCAUUAAGGAAAAAUCAGAAAUGUUCAGCUUGGUUUUAUGUAUUAUGCUUCACAAUAAGGAUAUAUUUAAGUAUCUCUGGAGAAAAUGCUCAUUCAUGUGGAAUGAUAUUCAUUUCGUAGCAUUAGUAAAUUUCAUCUUUGAGUCAUAAUGGCUUGAUGGUAUUAAAAUACUCUUUGCAAGCGCUAAUACUCAUUAGAUUUUUAAUGCCAUGAAUAUGUACGAAAAAGAAAAAUUCUUGAAAUUCUGCGAAAAAUCUAUCAGUAAACAAAAUCCAAUUGCUAUCAAGGACUUUAGAUACCAAAUGGCAUUUGAUCCCUACAACAUCUAUUACUUGCCUAUUAUGGCAACUAGAGAGGAUUUACAAGCCUGGGAUAAAGAAGAGGUAUCCAAAGAACUAUUCAUUAAAAAUUGCAGCAUAAACUUUGAUGAACGAUCAUUCGCAAUUCUAAGUAAAUUGAACAGUCAUUAUGUAAGUGAAUUUAUUUCCACUGCUGAAGGAAACAACUCAGAGUUGAUCCAAAACUUUGCCAGGAAACUUAGAAGAUACAAAGGACUCACAAACUGA